CAACUCCACAGGAUUCAGCUGUGAAGCGUUUCCUAACCGGACGGGUCGGCUUGCGUUUGGGUUUCUCCCCGUUUUCUUUAAGUUUUAAAUUAUUAUUUAAUUAUUCGUUUGGGUCAGUGAGCUUUCACUGAGGGCUGCUGUCACAUCUACAGGUCUGUUACUUUCCUGUGAACGGAGAAAACCGAGAGAUGUUUCCUGAAGGCAGUACUGGGUACAGUUAUGAGGAGUGCAGUGCCACAGCUGACUGGCUGCUUACUCAGACUGCAGUGCGCCCCCUGGUGGGCAUCGUUUGUGGUUCAGGCCUUGGGGGACUUGCUGACUUGCUGAAAGACCAAGUGGCCUUCAACUACAGAGAUAUCCCCAACUUUCCCCAGAGCACAGUGCAUGGUCAUGCUGGGCGUCUGGUGUUUGGGACUCUAAAAGGGAGACCAUGCGUUUGCAUGCAAGGACGGUUCCAUCUCUAUGAAGGAUAUCCUAUCCAAAAGAUCACGCUCCCCAUGCGGAUAUUUAAGCUGAUGGGUGUGGAGACUGUGAUACUCACUAAUGCGGCAGGAGGCUUGAAUCAGGACUACAAGGUGGGAGACAUCAUGAUCAUCAAAGACCAUCUAAACAUGCCUGGAUUUGCUGGCAACAACCCACUGGCUGGGCCUAAUGAUGAAAGGUUUGGCGUGCGGUUCCCCUGUAUGUCUGAUGCAUACGACCGGGAGCUGCAGCAGUUGGCCGUGGAUGUGGGUACCGAGCUGGGAUACAGGGACUUCCUCAGAGAGGGAGUAUACUGUGUGCUCGGUGGACCUUCGUUUGAGACCAUCGCAGAGUGUCGCAUGCUACACAAACUUGGAGCUGAUGCUGUUGGGAUGAGCACAGUUCAUGAGGUCAUUGUGGCUCGUCACUGUGGCAUGCGGGUAUUUGCCCUGUCCCUGAUAACUAAUCAGGCAGUGAUGGACUACGACAGUGAGGAGAAAGCCAAUCACGAAGAAGUUCUCCAGACAGGCAAACAGAGGGCGGAACAGCUGGAGAGGCUUGUGUCCACCAUGGUCACUCGUAUAGAGUACAACAAUAACUACUCUUAAAUUCCAGUCAGGUCAGCUGAACUCCAAAUGGUGUCCUCUAAACACCAAAGUAGAGCUGAGCAAAUCAAAGAUCAGAGCAGCACUUCUUUGGACAGUAGGCUACAGUGCUGUGGAACAUUCAGACAAUAAUGACUAAGCCACUAUGGCCAUUAAGCAGUGCAAGAAAAUCAUGUCUGUCUUUGCUACGUUUAGUCCAUUGCAGCAUGUUUUGGUAUGAGCGCAGUGUUCAGUUGAGUUUCUUGAAUUUACUUAUUUAAUUCUAUCUGAAAUGCUCUGCAACACUACCAAGAAGCAACAGCUCUGGCCAGUAGAGAUUAAUGUACAUUCCCUUACCAGGCAACGCCAAACGCCAGGCUGUAAAAAUUAUGUAAAUGUCUUAUUGUUACUGAUCUUUUUACGUACAUGUACUAAUUUAAAAGUGAGAAUUGUUUGUAAACUGUUGUUGGUCACUGUCCUAAAAUGUACAGCAUGUCAUGGAUUAUUUGUCUUAUUUGUAUCUUUUUAUCUAACAUAUUACUAAAGUUACUUAUUUAUUA